GUGCUGCCAAUCCCGCUUGGGGGAAGACGAUUGUGCAUUUGAGUAAGUGGCCUCUAUCCCCAAUCAAAAUCCAAAAGUAUGGUGCUCAAAUGACUGCCAUAAAUAGCGAAUUCGGUGACUUGGCCCGCUCUCGACCCAGCAGCACAAGCUGAGCAGGAGGGCCUCUUGACAAACUCUUAUGUGGCUGCCCUACGGGCCUUGGCUCCUGAUAUGGGCGCAUUUGUGAACGAAGUUGAUGCAAGUGAGCCUAGUUUCCAACAGGCGUUUUGGGGCGAGAAUUAUGAGAGGCUUUUAGAGAUUAAGACGAGGGUCGAUCCGGAGGACGUCUUUUGGUGUAAGCCAUGUGUUGGAAAGGAGAGGUGGGAGGAGGUAGAGAAUAUGCUUUGCAGGACUUGAAGGGGUCUUAAGAUUGUUUGAUGGGGCAACCGUAAUGCUGUUGUUAUUAUGGAAUCUCGGGAUGAUAUUUUCCAUAGGUAGAAGCCUCCAUGAACUCUCUUCUAGUCUAUGUUGCAACUAGAGCUAUUGAAAUUGCGAUUGCUCCGCCGAGAGAAUUGAAGAAGCUAGCAAGGGCGUUGCUCGUUGGCAUAUCUUUAGCGC